UGAACUCCGUGAUCAAGGACUUACAAGACCCAAGAUUUUGAUCCUAGUUCCUUUCCGUGAUGCAGCGUUAAAGGUGGUGGAGGUUAUCAUGCACCUUAUCUGUCCUGAGGAAGGGGGUCAAGUUAUGAACAAGAAACGAUUCUACGAGGAGUUUGGGGAGACAGAGGAUUCAAGCAGUUCAAAGGAAAACAGGCCUGAAGAUUUUAAACAAAUGUUUGCUGGGAACAUUGAUGACUGCUUUAGGAUUGGAAUUUCAGUUAUGAAAAAAUGUGUGAAGUUGUAUGCCAAGUUUUACUCAUCAGAUAUUAUUGUGGCUUCGCCUCUUGGACUGAGGACAAUCAUUGGAAGUGUAGGAGAGAAGUCCCAUGAAUAUGAUUUCCUCUCAUCCAUUGAAGUUAUUAUUGCUGAUCAAACAGAUGUCUUCCUCAUGCAAAACUGGGAACAUGUUCAGCACAUCUUUGAGCAUCUUCAUCAGCAACCAAAAGACUCGCAUGAUGUUGACUUUUCUCGCGUCAGAAUGUGGUGUCUGAAUGGAUGGUCGAAGUAUUACAGACAGACCCUCAUAUUCAGCAGUUUCGUGUCACCUGAAAUGAACUCUCUGUUUAACAGACAAUGUUUCAAUUUUGCUGGUAAGGUGAAAGUUUGUUCAACUGAUGUACCAGGUUCUAUUUGUCAAGUGGCCGUCCAGGUUCCCCAGACCUUCCAUCGUUUUGACUGCUCAAAUUUUUCAGAAGCCGCCGACAAGAGAUUCCAAAUCUUUACAGAUAAGGUUUUACCCGAUUUCAAAGGUUCCCUUAUGGGCCACACAGCAAUCUUUGUUCCAUCGUACUUUGACUUUGUGCGUCUGAGAAAUUACUUCAAACGUGAAGGCAUAGACUGUGCGCAGAUUUCAGAAUACUCACAACCGAAAGAGAUAAAGAGAACCCGGACGCACUUUCAACAAGGAAAGAGACCGUUUCUUUUGUUUACGGAAAGAUUCUACUUCUUCUACAGGUAUCGCAUUCGAGGAGUCAGGAAUAUCAUUUUCUACGAACUCCCGCACUACUCUACGUUCUACACGGAGAUUCUAAAUUUCAUGGAUACAAGGAGCAAUCGGUUGAAGCCUCAGAUGAAUCCUGUUAAUUGUACUGUGUUAUACACAAAGUCUAAUGCGCUGCGUCUGGCUAGAGUGGUGGGUUCGCGACGCUGUAGUCGCAUGAUCUCUUCUGAAAGCCAGGUUCAUAUGCUUGUUACUGGCGACGAGGAUGAAUGAAUGGUUGCUUAUGCGUGUUAGAGCGACAAACGAAAACACCCAAAGGGGCCAAUAAGAGCGCAAUUUAAGAACAAGAAAGCAUCUUGUUACACCCAACUGUACACGCGACCCAGACUGUUCCCCACGUGAUUCCAGAUAUAAGUGCAAGAGGGCUGCCUUAACGUACGGUGAAUCGUGGUGAGGUAACACAUUUGCAAAUGCGAGCAGAAAUGCUGUUUGGACUUGCGCAAUGGCCAGAAGAUUGCACUAUCAUGGAGGAAGCUAAUGCGAUCAUAUUUCAGCAGACUCGGAGAAUGACAUUAUCAAUAUGCAACAAAAUAGUUUAAUUCGAAACUUUUCCAGUGUUAAAAAACUUUACGCAAGUGUCUUGUCGUCUAUAACGAAAUACGAAACUUCUUACGAAUCUAUUUGUGUUAACUAACAGAACUUUGUGUGACAUUCCCUUCGAAACAAACAACUAUCACCCAUACGAACACUGGUACAUCAUCGAAGGUAACAUUGCACAACUCGAUCAAACGUUUAAUCAGAUAAACUAGUUUUACCAU